CUUGCGUACGCCUUGUGCUCUCCAUAAUACCGUUCUAACCUCGACUAUUGCCAUGACCGCUGACCUUUUAGACCCCUCUGCUCUCCUUUCAAAACUUCCCAAUUUACUACCACCAGCGGAGAAAAAACUCAAGUCCCCACACGAUGGCAUCGUCGCAUUGUUGCACACAGCUAUGGUCGCGGUGGGGUUCCGUCUUGUCGCUGUAGAUGAAGACGCGCCGGCAAGGUCAAUCCUGGACAAUGUCCUUCCAGAUGAAUGGAAUAAACAUGGUCCCGGGAACUACGCUUUUCGAUACAAGCAUGAGCAGAGCAGCCUUGAGUACCUCGUUAAGAUUGUCAAGCUAGGUCCUCGCACCCUGAUCAAUGCAAUUGCCAUCGAGAGUGAUAAGGCUGCUUCCCUUGACAUUCAAACCAGCGAUUUCGUUUCGCAAUCUUUCUAUCCCCACGACCUGACAGCAUCCGAUGCCCAGCCUCUUGUUCACGGCUUCAUCUCCUCAAACAGAGUCUCGGACCUGAUGUCCCAAUACAAGCUGAAAAUCAUCCAGAAACUCAUGCCAGGUCUUAACAAGCCUGGUUAUACCGAGGAUGCUACCGCUGACGCGUCUACAACUGUCGGGGGAUCCGCUCCUCGGGCGUCCAACUCGAACCCUGCUCCUGCACGUCCACGACCCGAGGCACCGCCCAACGAACCGACUCGUUCUCCAUACUCACACAUACCUCCCGAGAACCCGUUAUCUAUCGGCCGUCGGGAUCUCGACCCAUUCCCUCAGAAUCCUUUUGCACCUCCGCCUCUCUUCCCUCCCAAUUCAGGCGAUGGAAUGUACGUAGGCCCCGACCACCCGAUAUUCGGGGGGCGCCGCGGAGGAUUUGGAAGUGCUGGUCAACCACAAGGGCCCUGGGGUGGCGACGGGUUCCUUCCUCCCUUGGGUGCACCUCCUGGUGCGAGAUUUGAUCCCGUCGGACCUGCUCUGCCUGGGCGAGGACGGGGCGGCGUGGGUGGUAUAGGCGGCAUAGGCGGCAUGCCUGGAGGAGGCAACAUGAGAGGGCCUGAUAAUGACGAGUUCAUGCCUCCUGGUGCUGGUGAUAUGUUUAUGUGAUGGCAACUACCGCAAUGUAUUAUAAGCUGAAACAAGCUGUAUUUGGACGCCCCGUUGUAUAACGUAGUAGUAGCAGCCUUUCUGUAGUUUGUGUUUGUACUAUGAGUAUCAAGCUACAGUGCGAUCUGGUGAAACCGCAGUUGC